AUGGCAGGCUACUUUAUGGACGCUGCACUCAUCCUUGCUGGAGUGAUAUCAGCAUUUGAGGAUGAACAUAAUAAGGAAAGAAAAGACCGUGCGCACGACCUUGCUCACAGCCUCCAAGACAUAUCGGAGCGGAUACACAGUACCUACACAUCUGUUUUGGAUCUUCUAUCCAAAGGCUCUUCCGACAUCGCUAUCUGGAAAGCGGCCAUUUCCGAUAAAGGCAUCCAAACCAUAAACAAAGAAAUAAAAUAUUUUGAAGAAUUUCAGGUUCCCAACAUGAAUAUCACAGAAUCGAAUAUAUUUCUGAUGAGGAAGCUUGAGCUCCGAACUCAAGGUUUUUUGACGUCCAUCAAGAGUACUCUUCCUCCCGUCGCAGAGAUCAAGGCGGCCAUGGGUACAUUCGACGAUUUAGUAAAGAACGGCGAGAUAACCAAAGAGAAAGCAGAACAGGGAAAGCAGAAGGUACUGGCUGAGUAUCACGGUAUAGACAUCCAGCUGCCGAGUCUCCCGUCAAAUAGGUCUAUAUACGAUGAACUUCAUCAAAGGGAUGUCACCACUAAAGUGUACAUGGGAGGAGACCCCUCAUUCGAAGACACGGAGAAAUGGGUUAUAUCAAUAGAAGAUGGCAGUGCUAAAUAG